GAAAAACUUGAGAUAGAUUGCCAGGUAUCUUGCUCACCCGAAAACAUUUCAAAAACACAAUGGCAAGAAUGUAAGGAUUACCGCUUCUUGUUUCAAGUAAGGAAAUACCUCAAAAAGGGAGUGGUGAUGUCAGGGUAACGUUAGGCACUUUAAUUGAGGCGGAGGCGCUGGGAUUAACCACUCAUUCUGACUUGGCUAGCCACUAGCCAGCUAGCUAAUGUUAGUAGCUGGUUAAUAGUAACGUGUUGGCUCUACGUGUGUCUAUCACUGGUUAGCCUACCUCUGAGCUCGACAAGUGCCAAGACAACCUGCCAAGCUUGUUUUCAGCUGUGAUCUCAGAAACCAGCAUGGCUGACUCCAGCAGCAGUAAGCCACUUGUGGUCACAUCUUCCGUGUCACUCAAGGUGACCGCACCCUCUUUCUACAACCAACCAAAGAAGUUUGCCUCAGUGGCGCCCCCUCGCCCCAGAGGACAAGCCACCUCAACGGUGGUCAGCACAGGGGUCAUUGGUCGGGUGGGAGAGAUGCCACCACCCCCACCAUCAUUCUGUGAGGAUUUCCCACCCCCUCCUCCGCCAUUGGAUGACGCGGAGCUGCCUGCCCCUCCCCCGGAGUAUGAGGCACCUCCCCCCGCAUUCCCUGCCCCUCCCCCUCCAGCUGUGGAGGACCUGCCCUUCCCAGCACCCCCAGAAGAAGUCACCUCUGACCCCUCCGACCCCUCACCUCCUCCUCCUCCUCCCCCUCCUCCUCCCCCACCACUUCCUGCAUCCAAUUCCACCAACAACAACCAGAGGCUUAUGGAGAAACAGACAAGCUUUGAUAGACAGCUUGACUCUCUGACUGACAUGCUCUCAGAAAUGGAGACCAGAGGUCCCUUCAAUCCCAAGCUGCCCGGUCAGUUCUCCUCUGCUCCGGCGCCCAAGCCUGUGGCCCCUCCCCCCACUGCCCCCAAACCCUCCCUGUCCUUCCUCCCGCCCCCUGAGCUCCAGGACCGCCCCCCUCCCGCCCCCUGGGCCGAGGAGCUGCGUGCCCGGACCACGUUGCGGCAGGCGCCCGCUCCCUCCCCUGUUCAGCCAUUGGCUAAAUCUCCGGCCCCUGUUCAGCCAUUGGCCAAAUCUCCGGCCCCUGUUCAGCCAUUGGCCAAAUCUCCGGCCCCUGUUCAGCCAUUGGCCAAAUCUCCGGCCCCUGUUCAGCCAUUGGCCAAGUCUCCGGCCCCUGUUCAGCCAUUGGCCAAGUCUCCGGCGCCAGCCACAGCACCCAAGUCCUCUUUCUCUCCCUCCCAGCCAGCAUCUUCCACCCCAAAAGCAAGCAACGCCUCUGCUGGGUCAUGGGGGUCCAGCCCUUCACCAGCUGCCUUUAACGCCCCCAAACCUGCCCACUCGAGCUCGUACCCUCCCCCUCCCCCCAUGGCUCCUCCCCCCCCUGCAAACGUGCCGUCUGCCCCGGCUGUCAAUCACUCCAAACCUUCUCCUAUUGGCAGCCAGGAGAAUCUGAGCCAGCCCACUGCUCCAGCUCUCCAGCCCAAGCCCAUGCCAUCGCUUGCCUCAUCCAGCAGCCAACCAGCAAGGAGUCCUGCUCCGCCCAAGUCGUCUGGCUCGGGCUCAGGCAUCGGUGGAGUGCCUCUGACCAUGCGCGAGGUGGAGGAGCUGGAGAGACUGACCCACGACUUCAUCAAAGACAUGGACACACACGCUCCUGUGAUCACUUCGCCACCCACAGAGAUGUGUGGUAAGUGUGGGCAGGCCCUGUCCCGUACGCAGCCUGCGGUGAAGGCCAUGCACAAGCUCUUCCACUCCGACUGCUUCUGCUGCAUGUCCUGCCAUCGCCCCCUACAGGGCAUGCAGUUCUAUGACAAGGAUGGCACACCUCAGUGCGAGGACUGCUAUGUGAACUCCCUGGCGAUGUGUUCACGCUGUGGUGAGCGGAUCACUGACCGCGUGCUCAAGGCGGUGGGCCAGUGCUUCCACGCCCACUGUUUCCGCUGCACCACCUGCAGCUGCAGCCUGGAGGGGGCGCCCUUCAUCACCGACGACAACAACAACCCCUUCUGCGUGCCCGAUUACCACCGGCGCUUCUCUCCUAUCUGUGUGAGCUGCAACGAGCCCAUCAUCCCUGACCCGGGCAGUGAGGAGACGGUGAGGGUGGUGGCUCUGGAGAAGAACUUUCACCUCAAGUGCUACAGAUGCGAGGAUUGUGCCAGGCCCCUGUCUAUAGAGGCGGAUUCUGACGGCUGCUUCCCAUUGGACGGCAGGAUCCUCUGCAUGAAGUGCCACACCCAGCGGGCCAAACAGGCUGGGCAUUGAUUGGCUGAGAGUCCUGACAGUUACUUUAAAACUCAAAACUUUGAAAUCACACUUUGGCACAGGAUGUCAGCCAGCUUUUCAUCAUGGCUUUGCAUUAGGGCUGUGUGUGUGUGUGUGUGUGUGUGUGUGUGUGUGUCUGUGUGUGUCUGUGUGUGUGAGCGUGAGUGUGUCUGUGUAUGCAAAUGCAAAUUUCUCUGCUUUGUGCACACAGUGUGUGCGCGUGCGUGUCUGAGAUCGGUGGUAAUGUACUGCUCUCAGUCUCGAUCAAGUUCUACAACCGCGGCCGUCUCUCUGCAGGGCCUGCCAGUCCAUCGCUCUUAUCGCUGUGCCUACAUCUCCCAGCAUGACUUGCACAGGCGCUUGCAGCACAUAGGACAAAAUGAACGUUUAGAGCCUCCCCACAGUCUCUUGGGGCAGUUUUCUUUCUUAUUUGUAGUUUUUUUUGUUAUUUGUAGUUUUUUUUUUUCAUAUGCACUUUGGAACUAGAUGAAAUCAGUCAAAUAGUGGCACAGUGCUUCACUAGCUCCAGCACCCACAAGACCGUGCGCGUGUGUUGUAGUGCUUAUCAAGAAGUGCACCCCUAGGGUUAACCUGAGUUCACAAGAAAAAAAAGACAAGAAAUACUCUUUAAAAAAAAGAAAGCAGCUUUCCAGUAUGUCUGUCUGACAUGAGCAUGCAGUGAACAUUGGAAAAAAAGUGACUUCAAAUGGCAUUAUGGCCACUUCAAAUCAAAUAUUUGUAUGUAAUUAUGUGUAAAACUGCUUUGCACCAAAAGACAGACAGAUACGUUAGAAUCCAAGAGAAGUAUCUUAAUAGCACUCCAACGUUAAAUAGCAACUAGAGCACAACUAGACGGCUUCGGACAAUUCUGCUCUGUUCGAUAAAUGCUGCAUUGAGCAAAGUAGUGGACCUAAAAAGCCUCCCUUUGAUAGCUCACUGUAAGGUGUUGGGAGGAGGGUCCUCAGUUUGAAAUGCUUUAGGUGAGGCUUAGACAUAGACACGGUUCGCACACAGUCAGAAGGCCUCUCACAAUCAUCGAUUUUUUUUCUGUCACUGAGGUGUGGAAUCCUAUCAGGUGUUUGUUUUAAAGGCUAGUGUAUCUGUGAGAAUCAUGUGUCUCAUACGUGUUUGAUGACCUAUGAAUGCUAGUAAGUGCAUUAACAGACAGAACCAGACUAAUGCUGUCCCAGGUUAUACCCAUUCCUCUUUAUCCCAGGUUAUACCCAUUCCUCUUUAUCCCAGGUUAUACCCAUUCCUCUUUAUCCCAAGUGUUCAUUCCUUCUUGGCGAUUCUGCGAUGAUCAUGAACUUACAGCACAGUAUUCUUUGCUUUCUUUUUGUACAUCUUUUACUAAUGAACUAAGGAACACCACUAUUUUCAUUUAUACAGUUACUUUCUUCUGAGUUUCUUCCUUUUGAUGUACUGUAGUGUACGUUUCCAAAUGUAUCACUUUAUUCCUAUGAAAAUAACGAUUGCUUGUGUUUUAUUUCCAUUUAACUUUGAACUUAUCUGUUUGGUGUUGUGUGUUUUUUUUUUUUUUUAAUUUGUUUUAAAUCACCCACACUCAUAUUGUUACAGUUGGCUUCUGGCUAAAGAAUCUCUCCAUUGGUGACCAUGCAUGAAGGUCACGCUCCAUGACCUGCUUGGAAAAAUAGACAUUCUUCUGAUCGUCACAUGACCAAAUGUCAUAUUCCAUGGUAUUGAAUGAUAUAUUUUUUCAUAGUUUUCAGAAUGAGUUUUGUGUGUGUGUGUGCGUUUGUGUGGUUAUCUGUAACCUGUAUUGCUGGUCACCCAGUCUGUUUCAUAGGGUGGCCGUCUCUUCUUACCACAGUAUAUUUUGUGCCAUAAUGAUCAACUGAAACAUCACUUUGUGAUCGCUUUUCUUUUCUCCAAAGCAUUUAUUUAAUUGCCAUGUAUUUGCCUUUUGGUUGUUUCCCAUAUUGUGCAGACAUAUAUAUAUAAAUUCCUCUGUAAUAUGUGAAUGUGUGUAUGUUUACGUUUUGAAAUAUGCCAAAUGUCCUGUCAUGACCCAUUUGUAUUGUCUCUGACUUUUAUUUUUAUUCAGAAAUAAAGAAAGGUUGGCUAUCA